AUGCACACUACCAACGACUACCCACCUGUCGAGGUUGACAACGAGAUCAAGGGAAGACUGGCCUUGAUAACAGGAGCCUCCGGAGGUAUUGGAGCCGCAUGUGCACGACAACUUGCAGCUCAAGGUGUGCAUCUCGCACUCACUUACUCAUCGAACUUGAAGUCAUGCCAAAGACUUGCCGACGAGCUCAAGAGCGAUUCUGGAAAUACAGAUCUCAAGAUCACUCUCCACAAAGCAGAUCUUGCAAGUAUCGAAGAGACAACAGCAUUGUGCCCAGAGGUUGUCAAACAACACGGGCGAGCAAUUGAUAUUUUGGUCUCCAAUGCUGGAUAUGGUGUCAGAAUCCAGAACGUGUGGGAAAUCCCACUCGAGGAGUUCGAGCAUACUCUUAAUGUCAACCUUCGUGCUACUUUCUUGCUUGUCAAGGGUGUCGUCGAAGGCAUGAGAGACCAGAGAUGGGGUAGGAUGAUCUUCAUUUCCAGUAUCGCAGCAUACGGAGCUGGUAUCAACGGAUGUCGUGAGUUGAACUUGUCCUCAUCAAAUGCGCUGUGUCUCACUAAUUUGUUCAGANNUUAUGCUGCUUCCAAGGGCGGACUGCAAGCAAUGAUGAAGAACCUCUCUUCCCGCCUGGCACCUUACAACAUCUCAGUCAACGACGUGAGUCCUGCAAUGGUGGGAAGUACUGGUCUUCUGCCUUCUGCCGACAGCGUUCCUGGCGUCGUCGACAACAUCCCACUGCAACGUCUUUGUGCACCAGAGGAGGUAGCCAAUGUUGUUCUGAUGUAUGCNAAAACUGGAUUCGCUACUGGUCAAUCGCUUGUGGUCGGUGGCGGGUUACGAUAG